AUAACAAUUAUGAGCCAUGGUCUGGGAACCAAGGUCGUCUUCAUUCUAAACAACAAUUUUGUUAUUGUUAUUAAAAAUGUGCUCAAAAGAGCUUUACUUCCUGGUCAAUGUUAUAUUUGCCUCUUAGUUUUUUCAUGACAGACGUCCUGAGGAUUAAUCCUUCAUUCAACUACAAUGAAUCCUUCGCCUCGAGGUCAGCCAAUUCAUCCUGGUCGCACCAUCAGGUCCUUACCUCACCAUCCUCAUCCUUCUCCCUACCCAAGGCCAGUGCCUGCUGACGUCAUGGCGAGCUAUUGCCGCUUCCAGCUGCUUCAUAUCACCCAUGAGCUCAUUACGUGUCUGGAACAGCUCUAUUCUCCUGACCUUCCUGAGCAUCCUCAUCUGCUGUUCCAUAUUGUGAGGGGGCCUCCUACUAGCACUUCCUCCUCUCAAACCCCUCUGGCUAACCUCGUGGACCAGAGAACUCAAACUGAUGGCUGUCCUCAUGUUGAGCUUUGCUACCCUGAGCUCGGGACUCCCGUCUCUCCUCCUCGUCCCCCAGUGCCUCCUCAUGCCUAUAUUCGUCCUCUCACUCCUGUCUUGGCAUCUCCUUCCCCUGAUCCUGGCCCUGGAUCUCCAGAUUACAUUCCUCCUUCUCCCUCUGAUUAUGGCCCUGGAUCUCCAGAUUACUCCCCUACUUCUCUCUCUGAUUACUAA